AUAUAAGACACCAUGUGAUUGGAAUGUGAAAAAUCUUAGUUGGAGUUCUACCGGUGCACGCAUUCGCAAUUAGAAAGCCCACCUCUUUUAUUUAACUGAAAAAAUGCCAAACGUCAACGCCAACGUCAACGCCAACCAUUUUGUGCUGCCUUUGAAGACUGGUAAACCGUGCAGUGCCUCUCGACUAGUGUCAUCUCUGAGAUGUCAAGUGCAUAGCUGGUACAAACUACCUUCAGAUAUGGGAAAUAAGGAAUCAACUUAUGAUGAUUCUAAUCAUGACUUUCUGCACCAACACUCAUCUUAUGCUGAAAGUUCGAUGGAUAAUAACUAUCAACGUAGACAGCAGCCAUCACACAUUAAAGAUAAUUUUAACUCUUUGGAUGAGGUUAUUUCUUCACUGAGAGAAGCUGGGCUUGAAUCAUCCAACUUAAUCCUUGGGGUUGACUUCACAAAGAGCAAUGAGUGGACAGGCCGAUAUUCAUUCAAUAGGAAAAGCCUUCAUGCAGUUGGUGGCAGACCUAAUCCAUAUGAGCAAGCGAUCUCUAUAAUUGGCCGCACUUUAUUUUCAUUUGAUGAAGACAACUUGAUACCUUGCUUUGGAUUUGGUGAUGCAUCAACAAAUGAUCACUCCGUGUUCAGCUUUUACCCAGAAGAUCGAUAUUGUUGUGGCUUUGAGGAAGCCCUUGGGCGAUAUAGAGAAAUUGUUCCUCACAUAAAAUUGUCAGGUCCAACUUCAUUUGCCCCAAUAAUUGAUGCAUCAAUUGACAUUGUGGAGAGAAACAACAGGCAAUAUCAUGUUCUUGUCAUUGUUGCUGAUGGGCAGGUUACUAGGAGUCCUGAUGUCCCACCGGGAAGAUUUAGUCCACAAGAGCAAGCAACUAUCAACUCCAUAGUAGCUGCUAGCCAAUAUCCUCUAUCAAUUAUUUUAGUUGGUGUGGGGGAUGGACCAUGGGAUGCAAUGCUACUUUUUGACGAUAACAUCCCUCAACGCUUAUUUGAUAACUUUCAGUUUGUCAAUUUUACAAAGAUCAUGUCUGAGAACAGGGAAGCGUCAAAGAAAGAAGCAGCUUUUGCACUUGCUGCCCUCAUGGAAAUUCCAUUCCAAUAUAGAGCCACCCUAAGCCUUCAGCACAACACCAGUAGAGAUUUAGCCAGUGGUCCACAUAGAAGGCCACUUCCUCCUCCUCGUGAAGUGCUUGAUCACGAUAAUGCAGUAAGAUCAUUUCCACAUACGACAAGUUUGGAAUCAGCUGAGCAAACAGUCCCAAUAGAAAUGGUAUGCCCUAUUUGCUUGACAAAUUCAAAGAAUAUGGCUUUUGGGUGCGGUCAUACGACUUGCGAGAGUUGUUCUAUGACCAUCUCAUUAUGCCCAUUGUGCCGGGACCCCAUACAAACACGCCUGCGAUUGUACACGUAACGGGAAAUUGUCCCUCAAGCAUUUGAAAGUUUGCUGGCUUCCAGGGUGAAUAAAAUCACUUGGUAAUCGUAUAUUGUAUGGUGCUCUUGUACAAACUCAUCUGUCGCACCCUCGGAUGAUUAGCUGGAGGGAUUUUGAGGUUGACUCAGCAAAAUUGACUUGGCUUUAUUAGUUUGAAUUGUGUUAAAGUUACCAGCUCACCCUUCUGUAAUAAAACUCAGCAAAUCCAAGUGUACCUGAGUGUCAUCUUCCCAAACUGAAUUCAGGACUGCCUCAUUGUUGAUUGUCUUCUACUACAACUUCAAGACCCAUUUUCAGGUUGUACAAAAUAAUUUUUAUUUUUCAUAAAAUUAUAAAAUAAUUAAUUUUUAUUUUUAUUUAUAUAAAAUAAA